AUGCCUCGACCUCCAUCAGUAUUACCUACGGAUAUCAUUAAAGCUAUUGAAGACAAUAAAAUGUUUUUUCAAAGUGGUAUACCUGUUCCAAGUGAUUUAAGUUGGACGAAAAUAGCCAACACAUUAAAUAACCUUUUAACACCGAAGCAUUUAUAUACUAUUGUUAAAAAUAAUAGAUAUAAUGUACAACAAGUAUUAGCAAAAGAACAUACAGAGCUAACGAUUGAGAACAUUUCAUCUGAAGAGUCUGAAAUCGAAAGCAAUGAAUGUAAAGAAAUCAUGAAGUUUAAUAUAGUUUUGACUGUAGACGAAUGGAAAGAGAUUGGACCUAAAAUAACGAAAUACAACUGCCAGAAUAAAACAUUUUCAAAAACAAAUCAAAAAAGUUAUUUUGUACUUGAACCAUAUCAAUGGACCAAUGUUAUACAUAAACAUUUUCAUGCACAUUGUGGCAUUCCGUGUGCAAUAUCAUACAAAAGAGCUAAUGUGCAUCCUGGAGGAAAUAUGUAUCUAAAAAUUGUUGGUAGUUGUUCUUCUUGUAAUAGUAGGUUCACUGGAGAAAUGGAAAAUGAACCUGGUGAAAAUGCACUUAUUGUAAUUUCAUGUAAGUAUGAAGGAAUGUAUAAAGAGUGUAAAGGAACAAAUAAAAGAAGACUGAUAGGGAGAAAACGAGACGAGCUGAAAAAUAAGUUGUUAAAAGAAAAUAUGUCUGCUAGCUACAUACAAAGAAUAGAAGCAAAAGAAAUCAUGCAUUUUGGAGAAAAAGAGCCUAGUCAUAUACCAACAUUAAAUUCUCUUAGAAUAUUAAAAUAUAAAGCAUUACAAAAAGAGAAUCUUCAUAAAGAUCCAAUAAUUUCUAUUUCUAUUUUAAAGCAAACAAAUAAUUUAAACUCCACUAUACGUGAUAUAGGAUAUGACCGUUUUUACAUUCAUUAUUGGUCUGGUAAUGAGUUAGAUGUUUACAGGCAAUAUAUCAAACAAAAUGUCAAUUCAGUUAUUAGUAUUGAUGCAACCGGAGGAGUUGUACAGCGUCCUGUACUUAUUUCUGGUCGAAAAACGGCGAAUAUUUUUUUAUACGAAGUUGUUGUAAUGGAUCAUACUAUCAAAAGACAAUAUGGAGUAGCUCAUAUGUUAUCUGAGCGUCAUGAUACUAAUAGUAUAUCUCAUUGGUUACAAGAAUGGGUUAAAGAUGGUGCACCCUGUCCAAAAAUUGUAGUUAUGGAUCAACCUUUGGCAUUAAUGUCAGCGUCAGUGAAAUCAUUUACUCAAUAUAGUUCACUUAAUAUGUAUUUAGAUGUAUGUUCAUCUUGGAUUAUCGGUGAUAAUAAGUAUCCACUUCCGACGACUAUGAUCAGGAACGAUUUUAACCAUAUAAUGAAGUUAUUAAGCUCAUGGCCAGAAUUCAAGACAUCUUCAUAUAGAAUUAAAAAUUUCUAUCUACGAUCAAUUGCUCUCGUUAUUCAGUCAAAGGAUUUUUAA